GGCACUGCCGAUGUGUUCUGUUAUUUUAAGGAAAGGCCACAGUGCUUUCAGUCCAAAGCUGUGAAACACAGGGUCACUUUUUGGGACCACUCACCCGUAGGAACUAGUCCACCGUGCACUAGUCAUUAUUUCUGAACCGUUCAAGAGACCCGACGCACCGUUCACAAUCAUGGGGAAAAGCACCGUCUUGAUAACUGGCUGCUCGUCUGGGAUUGGGCUCGCAGCUGCUGUUAUGUUAGCACAGGAUCCCGAACACAAGUACAAGGUCUAUGCAACCAUGAGAAAUCUUGCAUCGAAAGACAGUCUGGAGAAAGCUGCAGGCAGCGCCCUCAACGAGACCCUCUUCAUCAGAACGCUCGACGUCACUAAGGACGACACAGUGACGACAUUGGUUGAGGAUAUCAUUCGUGAAGACGGAAAAAUUGAUGUCCUUGUAAACAACGCAGGAAUCGGUGGCACCGAUGGUAUCCUGUACAAGUCUAUGGAGUGGAGUCAGGGAGUGAUGGAUACCAACUUCUGGGGCGUUGUGCGGCUCACUCGGGCUGUGCUCCCCUCCAUGAAGGAACGAAAAGCCGGCAGGAUCAUUAACAUCAGCAGCAUGGUGGGAAUCAAUGGGUUGCCUUUCCUCAGUAUUUAUUCAGCCUCCAAGUUUGCAAUGGAAGGGUACACCGAAUCAAUUGCGCCGAUUUUAUUGGCCUAUAACAUCAGGGUGAGCCUAAUCGAGCCAGCGGGUGUCCUGACCGAGAUCAUAACCAAGUACAAAAGCAUCCCCUUCGAAAAGCACGUGGAGGGUUAUGAUGACGUCAUGAGGGGCAUGUAUAUUGAGAUGAUGACCCCGAAGCCAGGCUCUAUGACGGCCAGCUUACAGACGGCCGAUGACAUCGCUAAGAUAGUCAAGGAGGUGACCGAGAGCGAGAGCCCACACCUCCGGUACCAGAGCACCGAAGCGGUGGAACAACUUGCCGGGCGGAAAUGGGUCGAUCCGACCGGGGAUAACUUACUUAAGCCGAAGUAAAGUUGACAGCAGCCCAGUUUCACUUUUUGACACUUUUUCCACUCUAAAUUUUAAUGAUUCGCACACACUUGUCCUUAAUUAUUCCUAUGGAAAAACAGUUUUACAAUAACUUUUACAAUGACUUUAUAUUCUAAUUUGUAACAAAUAAAUAAGCUUAAUAAUCUGAUCCCUGGGGUGAUCCCUGGCUGCCGCUUCCCUGGUAUCGUAAACUUAUGUGUGAUACCUGGCUAUACGAGAGUACAGGUUGAAUGGUUUCUGAAUGGUAUACCUAACUAAUUAGAUAUUGACAAUAUUAAUUUUGUAUAAUAAACUUCAAAGGCUGGUUUUUAGUAAAUGUUAUUCAUGUUGAAAGCCCAUCCACUAACAAUGAACAGAACCCCAAACCAACGCUUAUUAUGAUAAAUAUAAAGUCUGUCAGCUUCUUGAAAACCCAAAUAAAUAUAUAACAAAAAUAUAUUUUCGGUCACACAAUAAACUUUAAAUUUCUUUGUCAAA